GAAUGCGUGUGUGUGUGGAGGGCAAGUUCGUUUGCUGAUUUAAAGAGCUGGAAUUCAGAAACUGCAGUUGAAUGUAGUGGUAAGCUGUUUGAGGGAGUAUACAGUAUGGUGCUGGGAAAGAGAAUAUGUGUUGGAUGGAAUCGGUUGCUUUUACUUCUUCCCGCUGUUAUUUUAAUCCCCCACUUUCUAUCAGUCAAGGAGCUUCAUCAACAAAUGGAUUCUCGGGAUGUACCUAAGGAGAAGCCAAAGAAGCCCGAUCAUCUUAUUCAAGGACCUGCAGCUGGGGAGGGACUUCACAAUCGUUUGCAAUGCCAAGGAACAAGGGCUCUUAAUCGAACACAAAUUCUGAAGUUUCGUAACAACUCUCUCCCAACGGACCAUGUAGCUUUAGUCACUGUGUUCACUACUUACAACUCCACUGCUGACAGUGACAGUAGACGAAAUGACUUGGUUAGUGUUGGGAACGUGUCAUACAACAAGGUGGAGAGGUCGAUGGCUAUUUUGAAUGUUUUCUUAAAUUUUGUUCAGGUAACCAUGCCUGAAAGUCAUGUUAUCAUUCUUACUGAUCCUGCCGUUGAUCUCCCGCUGCAUAGAGAUAUCGUCACCAUUCAACCAAUACAAGGUGAAUAUUCGAGAGACAAGUUGAUGCUUCAAAGAAUCAGGUCUUACAUUAUGUUUCUGCAAACAAGACUUGAGAAGCUGAAACAAAAGCAGGAACAAGUGACUCAUUUCAUUUUCACGGAUUCUGACAUAGCAGUAAUAGGGGACCUUGGAGAAAUAUUUUCCGACUAUCCUAAUUUUGAUCUGGCUCUUACAUUUCGGAACAACAAAGAUCAACCUCUAAAUUCAGGAUUCAUUGCUGUAAGGGGUACUGCUGAUGGAAUUCAGAGGGGUGUGGCAUUCUUACAAGAAGUACUAGCAGUUUACAGUUCAAAAUUUAUGCAAGCUUCUCGAAUGCUUGGAGACCAAUUAGCUCUUGCAUGGGUUGUUAAAUCUAAACCUAACUUUAACAUAAAAAGGUUCUCCAGAGGAGAAGCUUUCCAAGACAUGAUUGGCGGUGCUUCAGUGCUUUUCCUACCAUGCUCUCUUUAUAACUGGACACCACCCGAAGGUGCAGGCCAAUUUCAUGGAAUGCCUUUGGAUGUGAAGGUAGUUCAUUUCAAAGGAUCAAGAAAGCGACUGAUGCUCGAGGCCUGGAACUUCCUGUCGUCUUCUUCAAACCUCCCUGAUAUGCUCUGCCUUAUCUUGAGAAGUGGAAGAACAAAAUAUGACUUCUGAUCUCGGUGUAGGCUUCUUUUGCCGUUGCAACCAUCAUCACCAUCGUCAGGUUGCAUGAUUUGAUUCUUCAUUUUGAGCUGACAUUGUUUCUACUUCCAGCCAAGACGCCAACAAUCUUUCAGAUGGAUGUGUGUGUGUUUUGCCACCCAAGACCGCCACGUCUUGCACCAAGUGUAAUCGUCUCUCUUUCUCAGUCUUCAGAUGGGUGUGUGUGUUUUGGAGCCAUGGGUCCGAAAAUAGUUUGAUCAGAUGCAACAGAUUACCUAUAAACAAGUUUUCACUUUUCAGGUGACUAGGAAUUCGUUAUUGCUAGUAUUUUUUUUUCUUGAAGAGGAAAAGAAAUGGUCCGUUAGCUACUA